AUGCCCGGUCUAUCCUCACCGAUAGACAACCAAGCAGACAUCCAAGAAUUCACCAUCGCCUCAUUCCACCUCGCCCUCCGCAACCAAACAACCACCUGCACCGAGAUCAUCACAGCCUAUCUCGCCCGCAUCUCGGAGUACAAUCACACCCUCAAAGCCCUGAUAACAGUUAACAAAAACGCCCUCGACUACGCCCGCCAGAAAGACGCCGAAACAACCCACCUCGUGCAAAAUGACCUCCCCUUCCCACCCCUCCACGCCAUCCCCAUCAUCCUCAAAGAUACCUACACCACAAAAGACAUGCCCACGACUUCCGGUGUGAAAGCCCUCAAAUCUCUCCAAACAUCCACUGAUGCAGUUGUCGUCUCCAAACUCCGCGCCGCAGGCGCAAUCAUCCUCGCAAAAGCUAACCUCCACGAGUUCUCCCUCGAGGGCGCAACCAUCUCCUCGCUGGGCGGGCAAACGCGUAACCCGUACGACCUCACCCGCACGCCUGGCGGCUCCUCCGGCGGGACUGCCGCGGCGCUGGCGGCGAAUUUCGGCCUGCUGGGUUGUGGUGGUGAUACGGUGAACUCGCUGCGCUCGCCGGCGUCGGCGUGCUCGAUUGUUGGAUUUCGGCCGUCGAAGGGAGUCGUUUCGAAGGAGGGAGUGUUUCCUGUUUCUGAGACGCAGGAUGUUGCUGGGCCCAUGGGGAGAGUCGUGAGUGAUGUGCGGACUUUGUUUGAUGUCAUGAGGGAUGAUGAUAUCAAAGUCCCUCCAUCUCCAUCAGAGAUAAAGGGGAAACACCUCAGGAUAGGAGUAUUAACAUCCUACUUUGGUGAUUUCAACAUCCCCGAGUCUGCAAUGAUAAAUCAAACCAUCCUGAACGCUUUACAAAAAGUCCAAACCUCCUCCUCCUCACCAUCAAAAUCAACCCUCACCCUCGAAUUCAUCCACCUCCCCCAAUCCCAAACACCAACCUGGGACGUCCCAACCCUCCGCUCAAACCUCGACACCCAAUCCUUCGAAUUCCGCACCGUCCUCGACUCCUUCCUCCAAUCCCCCUCUAUUCAAUACACCCCCCACACGAGCUUAUCCUCCAUCGCCAAAAGCGGCGACUACCACGAGGCAGCCCUAACCCCCGUCUUCCACCAGACGUUAACAGCGGAAUUCACACCCUCAAGCCCCGAGUAUCGCGCGAGACUGCAGCGAAUCGGCGAAUUGAAGGCGUCGGUCGCGGCGUGCUUUGAGGAGAAUGCGCUCGAUGCGCUGGUGUAUCCGCAUCAGAGACAGUUGGUUGUGGAGGUAGGGUCGAUGGUUCAGCCGGGCAGGAAUGGGAUUUUGGCGGCGUUGACGGGGUGUCCUGCUAUUUGUAUUCCGGCUGGUUUUAGUUCGCCGUCCGAGUCCGCGCCGCUGGGUGUCCCGAUUGGGUUGGAGUUGAUGGGGAGACCGGGUGGUGAUGAUCGGUUGUUUGAUAUUGCCGAGAUGUUCGAGUCGGUUAUUCAGGGGAGAAGACAGCCGGAAUUGCAGGGUCGACGGAGUCAUGUUGGGCCUGCCGAUAUAUAUUUUGGUACGAAGUUAUGA